AUGUCUUCAUCGGCUUCUUCAACAAAGUCAACCGGAUCAACUUGGAAAGUAGGCAUGGACGUCCCACCACCAAACCACUGGACCGCGAAGGAGAAGGAAAAUCUCAAGUCAACCUACACAGUCAUGAGAUAUGCAGCUACUGGUAACUUUCCAGAUAUCGUCAAGUGGUCGAAGGUCGCAGAGAAGAUGAAUGACGAGGCUCGCGCAAAUUCGAGUUGGGAUGUGGGUCGGAGAUAUGGAUGGGAGAAUUGCUGGAAUGCUGCUAAGUCGGGAUAG